AUGCAGUACAUUGCUUUUGAGUCAGUGAGGAAAUCAACUUCCGCAAAAUCUGCUAUAACUCCUCAACCGCAAAAUGACUUUCCUUCCGCAAGAACAACUACCACCACUACUACUAAAAUUCCUACUUCUUUAAAUGUUCCUAAACAAGAUCAGAUAAUUGACGAAACAAAACCAUUAAGCCCUACAACUCCGACUGAAGGUGCCACUGUUACAAAAACUACCACCACAACUACCGUUACUACGGUCACGACUACUACUGUUUCUUCUAAGAGUCCUAAUAAUAAUCCCGAUAUCGGGAAUCCCAAUAUUAACCCACUUGAAUCUGAUAAACGCAAUUCUUCUGUUUUUGAAGAUGUGUGUAAUACCCGGAAUGUUUGUAAUUCAUCAACCUUACAACCAAUGGCAACGUCUUCUUUCAAGGAUCCAAUGAAAGGAAAUUAUAAUAUGUAUGACUCUCGCCCUUUAAUUAAUAUUGUUCCCGCAAAAUCUUCGUCUGUAUAUGAUGUAAAGAAGUCGAUUAAUGAUGAUAUUCUUGGUCCUCCAAUUAUUAAUAUACUUCCUACUAAAUCUUCGUUGCCUGUAAACAUUAACCAGUCAAACCAUGAUGAAUCUUCAAUAUCUGCCCCUCAUAUUUUAUCAAAUUCUUCGUCUUCAAAUGUUCCAAUAGUCGUUUCUUCUACAAAACCUCCUGUAUCUUCACUCCUAGAGAAUAAAUUUCGUCAUAAUAGAAGUUCAACUAUAGUUAAUACCAAUUCUUUCUCAAAGCCCAAAAAUUCAGUUAUCGGAAACUCUGUGUCCGCCAUCGAUGGAGAAGAUACUACCUGUACGAAACAACCUCGAAAACGUCAACUUAAACGUAUGGGAUCUGCUCCCACUCUAAACAUUCCUUUUAUGCCUGUGACUAAGAAUUUAAAUAAAAUUUCUUUGACAAAGUCGAUGACAAAUUUGAAUGGACUUGAAGCAAAUUCUGAUAGUGAAACUCCAAAACAAUAUCUUGAAAGAAUGAUGUAUAAAACUCAACAAAUUGAUCGUGUUAUAGAAGCAUUUGCGAAAAGAUAUCAUGAAUCAAACCCUGAUUUAUUUCCUUCUGCAGAUACUCCUUAUAUUCUUGCAUUCUCUUUAUUGAUGCUUCACACAGAUGCUUAUAAUAAAAGUGUGAGGCGAAAGAUGACAAAAGAAGAAUUUGUCAAGAAUACACGUAUUGAUGGUGUUAAUCCGGAAAUAUUAGAGAUUCUUUAUGAUAAUAUCACUUUUGCUCAAUUUAUAUAUGCUCAAGAUGAUACUGAUGUUAAUGGACAGACCAUGCUUGAAUCUCCGACACAACACCGUCAAAUGAAAUUUUUCUCCUCAAAGGAACGAAGAAAGUCUACGCGUCCCAAGAAUGAUCCUUAUUGGAAAAUACCGACUGAAUUUAAACCCAAAAUCAAAGAUAUUAUUCCUACAGAAAAUCCAUAUUCCUAUAUGGGAACCCUUCCAGCUCUAGAUAUUGCUGAUCUUCAUCGUGCAUUCUCUGCGCCUCACACGAUUCGAAUCACGGGUGUUCAAAACAGACGUAAAAGUCAUGCUUUUAAAAACACUUCUGGUUCUCUUCAGUCAACAAAUGAAGACGGAACUUUUCUUUUAAAAAUAACUAAAAGUGGUAAACUUGGAAGGAAGGUUGAUUUAAUAGAUGGUAAAAAGAAGACUGGUUUCAUAAGAAGUUGGAGAAUAUAUGGUGUCAUAUUGAGUGGUAGUCAAUUAAUGUUCUUUAAAGAUGAAGCGGGAUUUAAUGCACAAAUGAAAAAGUUAAAAAAUUCCGAAAAGGAAUCUGCAAAAUUACCUGUUCUAAAACCAGAUGUAAUACUCAUGACUGCAGAUUCGGUGGCAGUAUAUGAUAAGAAUUAUGAGAAAUAUAAAAAUGUCUUUCGUUUGGUAUGUCCAAAAGGCCACCAAUAUUUAUUUCAAGCUGAGAGUGAAGCAGAAAUGAAUGAUUGGAUAUCAAAAAUUAAUUAUGCAGCUACAUUUAAAACGGCUGGAUUAAAAAUGAGAAAUCUUCGGAAUCCUUAUGUUGGACAACAGAGACGAGGUGCCAGUAGUGGUGGAUUGAGAUUUGGGAUUGGAAUGUUUGGACACAGUCAUGAUGCUGCUGCAAAAGAAUCGCAAGGUCGGGUCAAUUUGGUUCGGGCAAAAAUUGAUGAACUUCAAGGAAAAAUUUCCGCACUAACAUCACAACUUCAAACUGAUAUUCGAUUCAGAAAUAAUCUAUUUCUAAUGAUACCAUAUAAAGCAUCAACAAGAGAUCGUAUCUUACAAGUAGCAACUUCUGUAGCGUCUCGACUAAAACAUACUUGUUUAGAAUUAA